CAAUAAAUAAAGCUUAUUUUAGCCUGUCUCUGAAAAAGGUGCAAAAUCAUAUAUUUACUGGUACAACAGCUUGUUUACCUUAUUUAACCCCAAAAGGUUAAUCGUUGUACCUUAAGAAUACAUAUCACUAGGCUGAAGUACAAAUAUGCACAUAGAGUAAACAGUAUAUUUUCCCAGUGACAAGCUGUUAUACCCCUAAAAGUACAAAUUCCAUACAUUAUCUUUCUGAAAGUGUAUUCUAAAGAUCAUAUCAUCAUUUGAUCGUUAUUUAAUGAUAAAACAAUUUACUUAUCCACUAGGUUCGAUAUGAAACCAUAGUCAAGCCCUUCACACUUAGAUUCUUGACUCUAGAUUGUUUAUCGGUACUUUCUAAGAUGAUUUCACAUCAAGGUUGUGAAUAAACAAUUAGCCUACAACAUUACCACUAUAUAUCAUUCACAAUCAUAUAAUAUAAUAACUCUCUCAAUAUGAAUGCAUUUUUAAACUUUAGCCAUCUAUGAAGCAUAAACCUUAUUAUCAAGUUUAAUGCAAGUGUGUGGUUUGUUGCAGUGUGUACGGCCUUGAAAUCCAGUCUUAAACAACAUAAUCACCAAGGUUACACCAGAUUUGGACACUGUCCAGCGCGGUCAACAUACCCUUUGUGCUCUGAUGAGGAGCGGGAGGAUAAAUGUCCAUCUGGGUGUCAUCUGGAGGGUAUUAUUAAUCUUAUAGAUGAAGACAUUCAGAAACGUCUGAGAAAUAUUUGUGAAAGGAUUGAAGAAAAUCAGGACGUCACUUCAUCUGUAAUGCAAAAGAGUGUGCAGUAUUAUAGAUCACAAAGAAAAGCUAUCAUCCAGACAUAUAUGCAGGAGAUCAGAUAUGCUGAGUUUGCUGAAGACCUUCACAGAAACUUAACAUUCCUGCACAAAAGGUCUUCAGAACUUGCAAAAGACUUACAGAAGCAUCAUCACUUGAUCUGGGAUCAGAUAAAUGAAAUCCUUCGAAUUGAGGUGGACAUCGACAUCAAAAUCCGUGCGUGCAAAGGAUCAUGCAAACAAACCUUUGACCAUGCCGUUGAUAGUGAUGCCUUCAAAGCUAUGGAGAACAAAAUGGAGCAGUUCAGCAUUAUCUCAAAGAGGCGAAAAUCAUUCUCCAAAAACAAAAAACUAAAACUUCAGUCUGUUGAUCGGCCUAGUGUGUCCCCCUCUUACCGGAAAAUUCCCUUUGUUCGCACUGAGCUACUUACAAAAUUUGAAGACAUUGAGCAGCAUCAGGUGAUUUUAGAUGAACUCCUAGAAGAUGUUUAAUCAGAUUUAUGCCUAUAAUGAUAUGUGGAAUUAUUUUGUCUGACAUUGUGUAUGGUUUAGUAAUAUAUAAGUAAUAUACUGACAAAUACUACUUAUUUAGUUUGAUUUUGUUAUCAGUUUACAACAUAUUUAUUUGACAGCUGUGCCAUUUAUUUUGCCAAUAUCAUGUUUACAUUUUCAUUUUUUUCAUUUUACAUUAUAUGCUAUAUAUCUCACUUGUGUGCAGUAUUCCAUGUAUAGUGUUAAUAGAAUAGAAUAUCACAAAUAUCACUGUUUUUUAUAUCUACUGUGGCUCUGCCUUAGUUGCAAUGCAGAAGCAAGUUCAGGAGGCAGACGUGGCCUAAUGCAGGGUUAUUCAAAUCUUGCUGUAGGGCCAGUGCACUGCAGAGUUUAGCUCCAACCCUGAUCAAACCCACCUGAGCCUGUUAAUCAAUGUC